AUGGAGGAUAAAUACCACACUAAACUCAGCAAUGCGUUAUUGAACAGUAUUCAGAUGCUGCCAAUGUGUGCCGAAAUCAUAAACAACCUAAAGGAGGCAAGAAGUCCCGGCCAGGUUUCCGGCAUUCUGAAGGAACUUGGAGACAUCCUUUUAUUGACAACUGCCAGAUCCACCCAGAAAAUUUAUUUUCCCCUAUUAUUAGCAUACAAAAUGUGGACCGCAAAACCUGAGGGACUUUCCUGGAGUUUUUCAGGGACUGCAAUGAUGAAAUUUUACAACGUGAUUAUCCAAGAAGGUUGCAAAUUCCAAAUCAAAACAGGAGCGGAUCCCCUCAAAACUUCAGAGGUUGUGUUCCACGCUUUGUUUGGGACUUACCUAGAAGAUCUUUCUGUUCUUGCACAAAUAACCACACACGCUAAGUGGCACCAAAGAAAGGAUCUCAAUUCAGUAUUCCACCAACGAGCUUCCAAAACUUCUGCAACUGUGAUACCCAUCAAGUUUAAGUACGUGUCCAAGAUGGCACAAUCACUCCUCACUAAAAGUUUGGGAAAUGUGGAUCCUGUUGCCACAAGUAGACCGUCAUUCUCAGGGUUUAGAAAGAGGACUCUCACACAGGAAUUUCUAUCUUAUUUACAGACAGGAAAGGCCACUCAUAGCUUCUCGGGUGAUCCUAUGCUCCUCCAGUUUGCUUUGAAGAAGACUAAGGAUUCGCUUCUUGAAGAGAAAGAUUCCGUUAAGAUGACAGUAGCUGGUACAAAGACCUGGAGAGAGAACCGAAUGCAAACCGUGACCUGGUUGGUGACCAAAAAAAUUAACAGCUUUCGGACAGCCUUCAAAAAGGAGGAACAUAAAGUUGCGGAGUCUUUGAAGUCGGGGGCAGCCGUUGAUGAAAUAUAUAAGCCAAAGUUAUGGUACUAUGAUCAGCUAUCUUUUCUUAAAGAUCAGUGCAUUUCAAGAAGUUCACGUUCGAGCAUGUCUGAUCAUGUUGAAUAUGAGGUAAAUACCUAA